ACAUGUCCAUGACUAUGUCGGAUACCUGCUCGAUGCCUGUGUGCGAACUUUCACCAGUGAGUCCGACCUGCACCACACGGCAAAAUGACGUUCGCAAAUAAGGCGUGCGUGCCGCACCGCAGCCAACGAAACCACGUCCUCCGCAUCAAUCGGGCGUCACGAAACAUCGAUCGAAGCAAUGCUUGCACCUUGCUAUGCACGUUUCGCUUCUGCCUCGUGGCAACCCGCAGGACGUGUGGGAGGCAGCGAGUAUAUCUUUAGGCGGAAUGCUGACGAAUGUCUUCCACCCGCUGUCGUUUCCUCCCUACAUCCGCAGGCAAUCCGGAAAACGCACCAGGGCUAGAGCGUUAGAGAGCCAUGCUCCUCGGCAGAACGACCGUGUGGUAUAUGCUACCCUUUGUUACAGCUGUUUUUGCACAGCUCCCCAACACGUUCCAGUGGUCGUUUGGCGGACUUUUCGCACCUCAGCCACUCGAGGAAUGCCAAACUCUCCAAAUCGUCAUCUCGCCGUUCGACAGCAGUGAUUCGCCUGCAUCAGCUGGCAUUCCACCAUUCUAUAUGCUUGCAUUCGAGCCAGGAGGCGUUCCAACCACUUCCGCUCUCGGUUCAGAUCUCACGCGGCUGUUAUGGCAGGUCGAUCAUGUCCGUGGCUCACAAAUCAUGCUUGCCGUAAUAGACUCCGCUGGAAACACAGGAGGCGUGUCAAAGAUCCUCUUCGACGUCACUGCUGGCAGUGAUACGUCGUGUCUUUCUGCGCCUUCUCCUUCAUCCGCCGUGCUCCAGGCCAAUGUGUCUGACAGCCUCUUCGCUUGUCAGCCAUGGGGCCUCGCAGUCACCGGUGGCAAGCAACCGUACACUGUAGUGCUCUCGCAACUUGAUUCGGCCGCUAUCAUCGUUGCGACAAUGGAGGAUGGCGAUGAUGUGUUUACCUACAUCAACCGCGGCGAUCCUGGUUGGCAGAUGAUGGCCUCCGUUUAUGAUGCCACAGGGCAAUGGGGUACCUCAACGGGCGUGGUCCAGAGCACGAGCUCCGACGCUACUUGUCCAGGGUUAGAAUCCUUACAAUUCGCUUCGAGAGCCGGCGCGAGCGAUGGGGUUUUUGCUCCGACGAUCAAUUUCUUUCCGCCAGGGAAUUCGCCGUCAAGUCUAGCAUCUGUUACAGCUAGAGCCAACGACUCCACUCACAUCUCUGCUACGCCAUAUCCUAGUGCUAUGGCGACUGAGUCGACAGUUGGAAUACGCCCCGGUGCCCAGCUAGUCAUCGGCCUGUCUUUGGGAAUUGGCAUCCCGCUCAUUGCCGCCCUUCUGGCUGCCCUUUGGUUUUACACUCGAAGGCGAGAGAAAUCUCCACGGUCCCCCCUUGACAUACUUGCAUCUCCCAUCGAUAUCAACCGAUUAAGCAUGCGCGAUGCUAUUGUCGCCACGCCAUUUGACUUAAGACUCUACUUGCUUGGCUAUUCGCGGACUCCUUCAGUACCCACGGACACUGAAGCAGAUUCAUCAGCAGCCCCAUACGCUGGUGGCCGCGGGCCCGAGACGUCUCAGAGACGCCAUUCGAGAUCGUUCAGCUCGUAUGAGUUUAUCGAGCCGGUCUUGCAAGAAAUAACGGCCCCGUCCCGAACAAGUACAUCCACCGACUUCGCCGCCGGACACAACCGAUGGUCUACCGUUCUAGUUGACAUACCUACCCCAACGAGAUCACCUCCACCUGUAACUACGGUCACACAUGAACAGAGGCGCCGCGUCGCCCAAGUCUAUCUCCGACCUUCUUCUCGAGGCUCAAUCUCGCAGCUGAUGCAUGAUCCUGAGCUUCAGGACGUCAUUCUCCGAACUGCGUCUCCUGAAAGCAUUGCCAGCCACUCUGGCGGCGGCGAGUGGAUAGAAACGGACGAUUCUCAUCCUCCAGUAUCACGGUAGCGGGGUCCCGAUCGUUUGAUACCUCCUUCGCAUUACGAAUACCAAGAGUUACAGGCUAAUGUUAAUUUAAGUUAUUCGCUGGUACGCUUCAUGCUUAAUCGCCUAAUGCCUUUGACAUCGAAGUUGACCCUUUAUCGUCCGAAUAGACGAGAUAUGUGCUGAGAGUUAGGAAGCUUCUGCCCAGAUGCAGGUAGAGAGAGAUACUAUUACCCUGAUGCAAAGGCAGAAUAGCAUGCUGAUUCUUUCUAUUUAUUCUUGCAACAAACUGGACAUGUGCGUUCCUGGUUC